AUGUCUCUCGACCCCUUCGACGACGUCCUCACCCUAGAAGACCAAUUCUUCUCAGAAGGCUUCCGCCAAGGCACCCAAGACGGCAUCCAAGCAGGCAAAAUCGAGGGCCGCUCCGUCGGCCUCGCAAAGGGCUACGAGAAAUUCUACGAGAGCGGCAGGAUACACGCCCGCGCCGUCGUAUGGGCCAACAGACUUUCCCUGCCUCAGAAGAACAGCAGCACCACCACCACGGCAAAGUCUCUAAGCUCCGGUUCUUCGGCGGCGGCCUCGGUCUCGGCCGAACAACCUCACCCAUCAACAGAGUCAUCAAAUUCACAAAAGACUUGCUCCCUACCGCCGCUGGCAUCCAACGCGAGACUAGAAAAGAACGUCACGACGGCGUUUGCGCUGGUCGAGCCGGACACGCUAUCCAAGGAGAACAGCGACGAGGCCGUCAACGACUUUGAUGAUAGGUUGAAGAGGGCGCAGGGCAAGGUCAAGAUUAUUGAGCGCAUGACGGGUGAGGCGGUUUCUGCGCCAGAGGCUGCUGCUGCUUAUGUGAAGGUCCCGGAGGCCAAGGAGAUUUGA